AUGCACCAUCCUUGGGCCUUUGCCUUCGGCAUCUUAGGUUGGUCUUGACCAUGGAAGCACGGUUGACUUCUUAUUCCACGCCUUUUCAUUUACUUCAGUGGGUUUGGUCGAUCAGGGCUGAUUCUUUCGUGUUAUGGUUUGGUUUACAGUUAGUUUUACUUAGUAUAGGACUUGUUUUUUCAUGCUGUCGUGUGAUUUAAUGAGUGUCUUGCUAUCCUUAAGAGCGGUUCUCUCAUGUUAUGGUUGCCCUUGGAAUGAACAUACGUAAACAAAUUCUUUAAGAUCUUCAUACACACUGAUGCUCAUCUCCCCCUGAAUGCGCAGGUAAUGUCAUCUCGUUUAUGGUAUACCUCGCUCCAGUGUAUGGAACCAUCUCUCUCUCUCUCUCUCAUAUUUGCCAUCUGCUUCCUAUUAGAAGGGUUGUUGACCUCGAUUGUGGUUGAUGAUCUCAGGUCGACGUUCUAUCGGAUCUGCAAGAGCAGAUCCACGGAAGGGUUUCAGGCGGUACCGUACGUUGUUGCACUCUUCAGCGCCAUGCUGAUGAUUUACUAUGCCCUGAUCAAGACUAACUCCUAUCUCCUCAUCACCAUUAAUGGAACUGGCUGCUUUAUAGAGACUAUUUACAUUGCGCUGUUCCUCAUAUUUGCUCCCAGAAAGGCCAAGGCAACUCUCUCCCCUCUUCUUCUUCUUCUUCUCUCUCUCUCUCUCUCUCCCCUAAAUGGUGUUCGUUCUCCGGGGAUAGCAGAUCUCUGCGUUUAAGCUGCUGGUUCUGUUGAACGUUGCCUCGUUCGGGAUCAUCGUAGGGUUGACUCUUCUGCUACUGAGAGGCUCGACCAGGGUCACUGUUAUCGGAUGGGUCAACGUUGGGUUUUCCGUCUGCGUCUUCGCGGCUCCGCUCAGCAUCAUGGUGAUGAAUAAUCCCUAAACUUCCUUCAUCGGCCUCAUCGAAACACUCUUUAACGAAGUUCUGUGAUUAUCAGAGACUCGUUAUACGCACCAAGAGCGUCGAGUUCAUGCCCUUCUUCCUCUCCUUCUUCCUCACUGUCAGUGCGGUUGUCUGGUUCAUCUACGGUUUCCUCAUAAGAGAUCUCUACGUUGCCGUAAAUCCCUCUAUCUCUAUCUCUCUUGCUCUCUCCUAUCUAUAGUUGGAGAUCUUGUGAUGUGAUGAUUUACUCUCUCUUUCUCUCUCUUUCCCCUUCUUCCUCUGUAUUGCUCAGGCGCCAAAUAUCUUGGGCUUCCUGUUCGGCGUGGCGCAGAUGGUGCUGUAUUUGAUCUACAGGAGGAGACGAGGCAAGGACCCUGAGAAGGCGAUGCCAAGUGCCAUGGCGGGCAGCGAGGUCCAUCCGGUUGAGAUCAGCAUUGAAGUCAACGUGGUGGGAGCGACGGGAGCCGCCCAAGUGGACGGCAGAAGUAUCGCCGCCGUCCGAGGUUAUGUGCACGUUGGCCCCACCUCGCAUGAUGAGUCUUUGCCGUCUUCCUUUUCUUCAAACUCUUGA